CACACACUCUCUCUCCGAUAACCCGAUCUCAAACAGAAUAACACGGGGUCGCAUUAAUACACGAUGAUCUCUCUAAUAAGCAAAUAACAACCCACUGGGUAAACAUUUAUGGAUCAUAUCAUUGUAUAAUAUAGCAACUCUAUAUAUAUGCAUUGUCUACAUCAAAGUCUUUCAAUGAUUAACAGAUUCAUGCAAUGAUGACAGAAGAGCUGAGACGAAAUCAAUGUGCAUCGACCUGUGACCGUUAACAUCAGGACACGCUUGAGACUACCAAAGUGAUACAGGGUAUUUCCUUGUGUGCAUUUAUAUGCAGGAGUUCUACAAAAAGGGGGAAACCCAAAUACGUGAUUUAAAGGAUAGGUAACACGCACGUGCAGAGGACGUGGAGGAGUUCCAAACGUAUAUAGCCUGGUGCUUGGUUAGGACGAUCAGCUAACACCAAAACGCUACCGCCACAGCAGGACAUUGCAACUUGAAUAAACAAACAUCAAAGAUGGGGACUUCCGAGAUUUUAGGAGGAUCAUUGUGUAAACUGAAACAAAGGGACGUAACCGAUUGUAUUCUUACUAUCUAUAGGAUUUUCCUUGUUUUAAAUACACUGACAGCACUGACAUAUUCUUUGCAUACGUGGGAACGGCCUGGCUGUUAUAAAGUAGCUAACGAAAGAACAGUACAAAUACCGGAUUGUCUACAAUUUAACGUAACAACAAAUGCCUGUAGAGGAUUUUGUGUGUCUUACGCCAUUCCGUCCUCGCCGAGGACACGUCUUAUCAAUCCUAGCCAUAUCAUCACCUCUCGUUCAGAGUGCUGCAGUAUAGAAGAAACAUAUGAUAUAACGGUGCACGUGCGCUGCAUUGAAGGAAUUAGGGAAGUGGUAUUUAAAUCAGCAAAGAGAUGUGCCUGUUCAAUAUGUCGACGAGGAUGAUGACGUCAAUAGGAACAGUGUGCGCGCGCAAGCUUAGCCAGACACGUGACAGAUAUCUGUGAUCUCCGACCCUGCGAAUAUUUAUUUUCAUUCAAAUGCAUAUUUUAGACAGAAAGGCAUUUGCAGAACUAUAUUUAUAUUCAAAUCUGUGUAGUGUUUCUAAUAAACGGAUGGAAGGCUUGGAGAGUGAACAUUACCAAAAUAUCAUGCAAAAAUGAACGACACUGUGUUAAAUGGAAUAAAUCAGAGGAGUUCCGAUGAGCUGUUUGACACAGAAUAACAAACAAACACUAGGUUUUAUCGAGACGAGUGGUAAAACAGGGAUCUAUGAUGAUUUCUUAUAUCAAAAUAUUGUGUUUCUGAAAUUUUCUUUUUAAGGUAUUAUCUAUCCAUGUUUGAUUUACGUUUCAAACAUAAUCAUAUUAAGCCUGAAUAGGAAGGUAAAACUAGCCGAUAAUCAGAGCGCUCAAGACUUGCUUCAUUAAUGAUGUUGUCGGAAUAGUGACAAAAUAGCCUCAACGUGAGAAUUAGAAGAAUGCACCCAUUGACUGGGUUCAAGGGAUGACGAGGAGGAAGAGGAAGUUGCGCAUUGAUAUGUGCGCAUGGAGAAUAAAAUCUUGUACAUUUUUACAUUCAUCUGCUCAUGACCAUUUUUCCAUUAUAUUUAAUGUUAUUUUGACCUGUUACUAAGUUAUAGUACUACAUGUAUAUUUUUUGAAAUAAUAAAUUAAUCUUUCGCAU